AUGUCGCGGAGGAAGCAAGCGAAGCCUCAACAUUUCCAGUCCGACCCCGAAGUGGCCUCGCUCCCCCGGCGAGAUGGAGACACGGAGAAGUGUCAACCAAGUCGCCCCACUAAGAGCAAGGACGCUCACGUCUGUGGCCGGUGCUGUGCCGAGUUCUUUGAAUUAUCAGAUCUUCUGCUCCACAAGAAGAACUGUACAAAAAAUCAAUUAGUUUUAAUCGUAAAUGAAAAUCCAGCCUCCCCACCCGAAACCUUCUCCCCUAGUCCCCCUCCCGAUAAUCCUGAUGAACAAAUGAACGACACAGUUAACAAAACAGAUCAAGUAGACUGCAGCGACCUUUCAGAACACAACGGACUUGGCAGGGAAGAGUCUAUGGAGGUGGAGGCCCCAGUUGCUAACAGGAGCAGCAGCAGUACUUCCAGCAGCAGCAACAGUAGUACCACCACCCCAAGCUGCAGCAGUAGCUCCUCCACAGGUACCUCAGCGAUCACAACCUCUCUACCUCAACUCGGGGACCUGACCACACUGGGCAACUUCUCCGUGAUCAACAGCAAUGUCAUCAUCGAGAACCUCCAGAGCACCAAGGUGGCUGUGGCUCAGUUCUCCCAGGAAGCGAGGUGCAGUGGGGCCUCUGGAGGCAAGCUGGCCGUCCCAGCCCUCAUGGAGCAGCUCUUAGCUCUGCAGCAGCAGCAGAUCCACCAGCUGCAACUGAUCGAACAGAUUCGGCACCAAAUAUUGCUGUUGGCUUCUCAGAACGCAGACUUGCCAACAUCUUCUAGUCCUUCUCAAGGUACUUUACGAACAUCUGCCAACCCCUUGUCCACGCUAAGUUCCCAUUUAUCUCAGCAGCUGGCAGCAGCAGCUGGAUUAGCACAGAGCCUCGCUAGCCAAUCUGCCAGCAUUAGUGGUGUGAAACAGCUACCCCCAAUCCAGCUACCUCAGAGCAGUUCUGGCAACACCAUCAUUCCAUCCAACAGUGGCUCUUCUCCCAAUAUUAACAUAUUGGCGGCAGCAGUUACCACCCCGUCCUCGGAAAAAGUGGCUUCGAGUGCUGGUGCCUCCCAUGUCAGCAACCCAGCAGUCUCAGCAUCAUCCUCACCAGCUUUUGCAAUAAGCAGUUUAUUAAGUCCUGCAUCUAACCCACUUCUACCUCAGCCAGCCCCUACUAACUCGGUUUUCCCCAGCCCUUUGCCCAACAUCGGAACAACUGCAGAGGAUUUAAAUUCCCUGUCUGCCUUGGCCCAGCAAAGAAAAAGCAAGCCACCAAAUGUCACUGCCUUUGAAGCAAAAAGUACUUCAGAUGAGGCAUUCUUCAAACACAAGUGCAGGUUCUGCGCGAAGGUCUUUGGGAGUGACAGUGCCUUGCAGAUCCACUUGCGUUCCCACACAGGAGAGAGGCCAUUCAAAUGCAACAUCUGUGGGAACAGGUUCUCCACCAAGGGCAACCUGAAAGUCCACUUUCAGCGCCACAAAGAGAAAUACCCUCAUAUCCAGAUGAACCCCUACCCCGUGCCUGAGCAUUUGGACAAUAUACCCACGAGUACCGGCAUCCCAUAUGGCAUGUCCAUCCCUCCCGAGAAGCCAGUCACCAGCUGGCUAGACACCAAACCAGUUCUGCCCACUCUGACCACUUCCGUCGGCCUGCCGUUGCCCCCGACCCUCCCGAACCUCAUACCCUUCAUCAAGACAGAAGAGCCAGCCCCCAUCCCUAUCAGCCAUUCUGCUGCCAGCCCCCCGAGCUCAGUCAAAAGUGACUCGGGGGCCCCUGAGCCAGCCAUAAGAAACCUGGGUGGGCUCCCAGAGGAAGCCGAUGGGUCCACCCUGCUACCCUCCAGUGGCAAAAGUGAAGAGAGUGGCGUGGUUCCCAGUGCAACCUUGACAGCAAGCAACAGCACCCUGAGCUCCCCGGCAGCGGACUGUGGCCCAGGCGGUGCCACCACUUUCACCAACCCUUUGUUGCCGCUCAUGUCUGAGCAGUUCAAGGCCAAGUUUCCUUUUGGGGGACUCUUGGACUCUGCCCAGGCAUCAGAGACGUCCAAGCUUCAGCAACUGGUAGAAAACAUUGACAAGAAGGCCACUGACCCCAAUGAGUGUAUCAUCUGCCACCGGGUUCUCAGCUGUCAGAGCGCCUUGAAAAUGCACUACAGGACACACACUGGGGAGAGGCCCUUUAAGUGUAAGAUCUGUGGCCGAGCUUUCACCACGAAAGGGAAUCUUAAAACCCACUAUAGUGUUCAUCGUGCUAUGCCCCCACUCAGAGUGCAGCAUUCCUGUCCCAUCUGCCAGAAGAAGUUCACUAAUGCUGUUGUCCUGCAGCAGCACAUUCGAAUGCAUAUGGGAGGCCAGAUCCCCAACACCCCAGUCCCUGACAGUUACCCCGAAUCCAUGGAGUCUGAUACAGGCUCCUUCGAUGAGAAAAAUUUUGAUGACCUAGACAACUUCUCCGAUGAAAACAUGGAAGACUGUCCUGAGGGCAGCAUCCCUGAUACGCCCAAGUCUGCAGAUGCAUCCCAGGACAGCUUAUCAUCUUCGCCUUUGCCCCUAGAAAUGUCGAGCAUCGCUGCUUUGGAAAAUCAGAUGAAGAUGAUCAAUGCCGGCCUGGCGGAGCAGCUGCAGGCCAGCCUGAAGUCAGUGGAGAAUGGGUCAGUCGAGGGGGACAUCCUGACCAAUGAUUCAUCCUCGGUGGGUGGUGACAUGGAGAGCCAAAGUGCUGGCAGCCCAGCUAUCUCAGAGUCUACCUCUUCCAUGCAGGCUCUGUCCCCAUCCAACAGCACCCAGGAAUUCCACAAGUCACCCAGCAUUGAGGAGAAGCCACAGAGAGCAGUACCAAGUGAGUUUGCUAAUGGUUUGUCUCCCACCCCAGUGAAUGGUGGAGCUUUGGAUUUGACAUCUAGUCAUGCAGAGAAAAUCAUCAAAGAAGAUUCUUUAGGGAUCCUCUUCCCUUUCAGAGACCGGGGUAAAUUUAAAAAUACUGCUUGUGACAUUUGUGGCAAAACAUUUGCUUGUCAGAGUGCCUUGGACAUUCACUAUAGAAGUCAUACCAAAGAGAGACCGUUUAUUUGCACAGUUUGCAAUCGUGGCUUUUCCACAAAGGGUAAUUUGAAGCAGCACAUGUUGACACAUCAGAUGCGAGAUCUACCAUCACAGCUCUUCGAGCCCAGUUCCAACCUCGGCCCCAACCAGAACUCCGUGGUGAUUCCCGCCAACUCGUUGUCGUGUCUCAUCAAAACAGAGGUCAACGGCUUUGUACAUGUUUCUCCUCAGGACAGUAAGGAUGCCCCCACCAGUCAUGUCCCUUCUGGGACUCUGUCAUCCUCUGCCACGUCCCCAAUUCUGCUCCCUGCUCUGCCCAGGAGAACUCCCAAACAGCACUACUGCAACACGUGUGGCAAAACUUUCUCCUCGUCGAGCGCCCUGCAGAUUCACGAGAGAACUCACACUGGAGAGAAACCCUUUGCUUGCACUAUUUGUGGAAGAGCUUUCACGACAAAAGGCAAUCUUAAGGUGCACAUGGGCACUCACAUGUGGAAUAGCACCCCCGCGCGACGGGGUCGGCGGCUCUCUGUGGACGGCCCCAUGACAUUUCUAGGAGGCAAUCCCGUCAAGUUCCCAGAAAUGUUCCAGAAGGAUUUGGCAGUAAGAUCAGGAAGCGGGGAUCCUUCCAGUUUCUGGAAUCAGUAUGCAGCAGCGCUCUCCAAUGGGCUGGCGAUGAAGGCCAAUGAGAUCUCCGUCAUUCAGAACGGUGGCAUCCCUCCAAUUCCUGGAAGCCUCGGCAGCGGGAGCAGCUCACCUAUUAGUGGGCUGACAGGAAAUCUGGAGAAGCUCCAGAACUCAGAGCCCAAUGCUCCUCUGGCCGGCCUGGAGAAAAUGGCAAGCAGUGAGAAUGGAACCAACUUCCGUUUCACGCGCUUCGUGGAGGACAGCAAAGAGAUUGUCACAAGUUAA